AUGCGGCACAAGGAGCCGAACCCUCUCUCGCUCGAUGACGGUUUAUCUGCUUCAAGCAUGCUGCUGGCUCGCGGCCAUAGCUGCCGUGGCGCCUUUUCGAGUGCGUCCGACAUCCUCGCCGCCGAACAGCCGACACUGCUCGACCCGGUGCUGGCUCCGUGUCCCGCGAGUCCAUCUGGGCUGACGCUGUUCCGCGAGCGGCAUGGAUGGUGUCCGUAUUCGGAGAAGGUGUGGCUCGCGCUGGAGCUGAAGGGCCUCGCCUACAAGACCGUUCUCAUCGACAACAUGGGCGGCGGGCGGCCGGACUGGUACCGCGGGCAGACGCCGCAGAUCCAGUGGGCCGACGGUCGGACGCAGGGCGAGUCGAUGGACAUCGUCAAGGCGCUCGACGCCGAAUACCCGGCCAGCCGCCCGCUGUACCCGCCAGAAGGCGCCUCGAUGUCGAGCGUCGCACAGAUGAUCAGCGCCUUCCGCCAAUCCUUCCCGUCCAACGCGCGGCCCUCCUCCCGUGCCGCUUACCUCUUCAGCUAUAGCGGCCCACUCUCGCGAUCGGACUUUGAGAAGGCGCUCGAUGCGACCGAGAAGCUCUUGGCGCAGCACGACGAGGGGCCCUUCUUCGUCGGCCGCGAGCUCUCGGCGGCCGACGUCUCGUGGGCGCCGUUCCUCGAGCGUUACGCGGCGCAGCUGCCGUGCUUGCACGAUGGGCUGCUGCCCCGCGACGCCAGCCGAUGGCCGCGGCUCGCGGAGUGGUACGCUGCGAUGGAUGAG